AUGUGGUUUGAGCACUUACACCAAGUUAGUCUCAAUCGAAAAAAAGGUGCGAAAAAAGCUGCUUCCACUCGAUCCAAGAGAAAGGCAAAGGACAAGCAUCCAGUACCUGAUGAUGCAAAUGAGGACGUCUGUGCAUCAUGUGGCGAAUUAGAACCCCCAGAGGAAGAGGACAAAGACUGUACUUCGGCAGAGGUGCACUGGAUAGCAUGUGACGGCUGUCUCAGCUGGUACCACGUUCAAUGUUGUGGGCUAAUAGUUGCGAGAAUGUAAGUUCACUUUCACACUUGCUAUGUCUCAAUUGUAAGGAGUCUUGGGACCCAAACGCUUAAUAAAUGUAGCAGAUAGAUUGCUGAUGAUACAUUAGGAUGAACAGUUAAUAACUAGGAUUAUAUCUCAUUUGUGUCGGUUUUCUUUGAUCGUCCGAGGUUUAUAACUAGCUAAUAUACCUUGAAUAAAUAAUUACAUCAAACUUUUCGACAAAACACGAGAAUUUUUCAUCAAAAAUUUUUGAAAAUGACAAAAUAUGUUAGAAAACCUCCACAAAUGAGAUAUAAGUUAGUUAUAAACCUUGAAAGUCGGUUUAUAACUGAUAUAUUGCCCUUGGACGCUACGCGUCCUCAGGGGCAACAUAUCAGUUAUAAACCUCCUUCGGUUGAUAUGCAAACUUAAAAUUACACCACUAAAAGUAUUCUAGUAUAAUUUAAUUGUGUACUUAUUGCAGUCUGACUCCUUGUCGGCGCUUUUGAUAUCAGCCUAUCCUGCUACCAUGUUCCUAGCUUCUGCUCUAAGGAGUGGCCAUCACCCUUGUGAAAACAUUCAAAAUGACCAGAUUGGCUUGGACCUUCAGGGAGACGGAUGUUUCGAUUGUUGCGAGGAGCCUACAUGACGUGGUGGCAGUUCAGAAAAUGCCUGAAUGAGGUGUCUCUCCUCUGCACCCACUUAUUAGAAGUCCACUCAAGCCCCCAAUUACCGUAUCAUUACUCGAGAGUUAGUUAACUUUUAACAACAUUCUGGUAUAAACGCCGCCAGGUCAUGUAGGCACCUCGCAACAAUCAAAACAUUCGUCUGUAGGUCCAAGCCAAUCUGGUCAUUUUGAAUGUUUUUAUGGGGGUGAUGGCCACUAGCCUUAGAGCAGAGACUAGGAACAUGGCAACAGGGUAGGCUGAUUAGUUGAUAUCGAAAGAAGGAGUCAGACUGCAAUAAAUGCACAACCAAGUUAUACUAGAAUACUAAACAACCUGCAAAAUUCCAAAUUAUAUCUUUAUCGUCAAAGGUAUUUGUGUCAUUUUUAACAUAUGGUAUAUUAUUAAGAUUAUACCUUCCCUAUCACCUGACGUAUAGAGUGCACUAGAAACAGAAUGCUUCGGGAAUACAAUUUCAUCCCGGGGUGGGGAAUUUUGCCCAGGAAUUUUGUCCCGAGGGAGUGGCAUUUGACAUUUUUUUGUAAAAAUGUCAAAUCCCCACCCUUGCCCCCCCCCCAAUAUUUAUAGUUGCAAUAUUAAUUAGUAUUUAUUAAUAUUUAUAUCUAUUUUUUGCAUUAAAAAAUUAAGAGUGAUGAACAACAUUGUGUGUCAUUUACUUUUUCAUCUAGAUUCUAGAAUUUCUGCAGGAAUACCCAAAAUCUUAUAGGAAAUUAGGAUAAAUUAUUUUCUUAUGGGAAUUCCUAUAAAAAUUUGGGACUAGGUUCCUAUAGGAAUUCUUGGUCACGUGGUGUUGUUCCAUCUGAAUGGAAAAAAGCAUGCACAAUAUCAAUUCACAAGAAAGGAGAAACGAACGACCCAGCAAACUUUCAACCAAUUACACUUGAAUCCAUUCCGCUUAAAAUCUUCACAUCAUGUCUUCGUAAUAAAACAUUUGAAUUCCUCUCAGACAAUAAUUACAUAGAACAAAACAUCCAGAAAGGUUUCACUCCAAAACUCUCAGGAACACUAGAACAUACUGCUCAGAUGGCACAUAUAAUCAACACAGCACGUACGAAGAAAAUCAAAUGCUCUUAAUCAUUUUACAAUCUGGUGUCAAUGGGCUAAUACGAUUAUACGCGUUGACAAAUGUUCAACAUUUGGCAUUAAAAAACAAUUAACUAAAUCUAUCCAGUAUUUACCCAAGCUUUUCGUUAAUUUGGUCUGAAUAUUAUUCUCCCUUCACAAAAUUUAUCCAAUGUCAAACUGUCUCUCGAUCAGCUCUAAAAUACUCACCAAAUGUAGAUAUUAACAGUCUAUGGGCGGUUACGAGCAUCAACAAGAACAUACAGUAUGACAUUUACAAGGACACAAAAGACAUACUUAAGGCAGUUAGAAAAGAAAAUGAAGAAAGACUUCAAAACCACCUCAUUUUGCAAGGUUCUUUCUUUUCCAGUAUCAUGAAUAACCCAUAUCAGCUUGAUGGCGUCGUUGUCCCCUUGAUCCUCUAAUGCAUGAUACUGCAGAUCUCAUUAAAGCGAAAGAGAUAUGGCACCGCAUCCACACUAAAGUAGUGUCAUAUGAAGACUUCUGUUUGUUUGCAAGGAGAUCAGCAAGUCUCUUAUAGACAACGUGCUCACCAUAUUCUCGUUUCUUAUCCAACUCAUGUUUUCGGAAUUGGGCAGCAACACUGGUGUUACGAUAACUUGGCGCAUUUGGGUGGAAAACCCGAACAUCAAAGAAUGCGCUUUGUCGUCCCCAGAAACCGAUGGUCUUAAUAUCAACUCGGGCAUCAUCUUGCUUAUUCGCAGAUCAAGGUAG